CAAAGCUGCCUGGCGAUGACCUCGGUGAUUGUCCUGGUCUGCCUGUGUGUUUUCCAACAGCUGGGUGACCUGCCUAGGCCCAACAGCCCUGGAGCCUCAGCCAGAUUUCAGCCUUUUAGGACACGACUGACACCCGGGGUCCAUGGUGCUCCAACCAGUCAACACUGCCAAGGUCUCCAGAGGAAACAGCUAGCAUCUGUAGCUACUACCCACUAUGUCUUGGCCAGCUGGGGAAAUGGAGGCAACUUCACUAAAUCUCAUAGGGUCAUCCUCUCCAUAAUGACCAGUGAUGAUCUGUCUUCCUCUCUGCUGCUGACUCUCCAGUGCUGUGGGGUGUUGUUCAAGUUGUUCCCAAUAUCCCCAGCUCUACCUCUUCUGCCACAUGUCACCAUGGCAGCACCUCUUGACCUGGUGUCUGAUCCAGGGACAGAAAUGAGCCUCCUGGAACUCAACCAGGAGCUUCAAUCCAAGCUGGAAGCAAGCCAGCAGGACUUCCGAGACCUCAGAGAGAAAUUCCUUGUAUCCGAAGCUACUGCCUACUCCCUGGCCAACCAGCUGCAGAAAUAUAAGUGUGAAGAGUUGAAAGACAUCAUCGAAUCCGUGCUGGGGGAGACGCUGCAGCGUAAGCAGGGGAAGUUGGCAGAGACCUUGACCGAGAAGCUCAGGCAAUAUCAUAUCCUGAUUAAAGCUCAGGCUGAAGAGCUGACCCAGUUGUGGCAGAAGUUACGGGAAGGAAGAGAAGUUUCUGAGCCAGUCGAUCAGCACCUCAAGGACCUCCUCACCCACGAUGACCCCGAGCGUUCCCAAGGCCAGGGCAUCCAGGAGCAAGUGGCCGAGGGACACAGGCUGGCAGAGUGCCUUGCCCGCCAGCUCAUCCCCGAUGAGGAGGAGGAGGAGGAGGAGGAGGAGGAGGAUGAACAAGCAGAAGAAUCCCUCACCACCAGCAUGGAGCUUCCGGAAGCUGAAAAGAAGGAAGUCCUCCAGGACAUGCUGAAUGAAUGUGUUUUGACUCCUUCCAUUGGCCAAGAAGGGCGUGACUGCUACCAGCCUUGCAGGGAUGGCACGUUCCCAUCGGAUGAACAGGAAUUCGGCUCUGCUCUGGAUGUAGCCUGUGAAUGCUCCCAUUCCAAAGGGGAUGAAACUCCACCCGGUUCCCCAGACAACCAAAUUGGUCACCAGGGGCUGAAAGGGCGAGAGUCAGAUGCCCCCAGGCUCCGUAGACAGCUGCUAGAGGUGGUGGAGGAGGAAAUCACGUGGGACUCUCUGGAUGAACGCUACUGGACAUACUCGGUUCUUCCUGACCUGUCUGACUCCUACUGGCCUUACAGGAGCACCGCCAUCUUCUUCCCUGAGGAACUGGAAGUCUCUUCUGCUCUGGAAAUGGCCAAAAAUCAGACCCAUCAAGAGGAGGAACCAGACCAAGACCUGACAUGCGCCAGGCUCGGCAGGGAGCUGCCGGAGAGUGCAGAGCAGGAUGUCCAACAGGACUCACUGGAUGAAUGCUAUUUGACUUACUCAGCUCUUCCUGACCCAUCUGAUUCCCCCUGGACACACAGGAGGGCCAACAUCAACUCAUAUGAGGAUCUGGAUGUCUGUCCUGCUCUGGAAGUAGCUAACAAUCAUAAUGAUCUUUGCGAUGAAGAAGACCAGGACCCGACAUGCCCCAGCAACACCAGGCUCUGCAGGGAGCUGCCAGUGGCCCCAGAGGAUGAAGUCCCACAGGACUCAGUGGGGGAAUGUCAUUUAACUCCUUGCGUUGGCCAUGACCUGUCAGACACCUAUAGGCCUUAUAGGAGUGCCUCAUUCACCUUUGAUAAAGAGGAAGUCUUCUUGGGCGUGGAUGUAGAUGCCCCGAUGCAGGUGCCCGGUCCCGAAGGGCCAUCGAGUGGAAACUUGACUUUCCCAAGGCCGGAGGUGCAAGCUUCACAAGCACCGCCACCGUCCAAUACCCAGGUGGCCAAUUCCGUGCCAGGGCAGCCGGACCAGCAGUUGGCUUGUGGUGACCGCAGAGCCAGGCUCCGCCCCUCCCCCGCCAUCAGGAGACUGGCAGCCACGAUGGUUUCUGGGAGCCAACGGCCGCUCUUCCAAGAGCAGGGUUUGGAAGCUUCCAUGGGUGUGAAGAACCCUCCCAAGCUGGAGGGUGACGCUGCUGAGGGCUCGGUGGCCAACCAGUGUGCAGGUCAAGUCUUUGGCCACGUUAAUGCCCUGGGUGUGAUGAAACAGAAGAUGAUCAAGAGAAAAGUGCAGUUUGGCGAGGGCAGACUCGCGUGCAGAUUCCGUGGCCUUCAAGCUUAGGGCACAGAGAUACCAAGGACUCCAGGAACUAAGAAAAGAUACUCCUCAUUUAAACGAAACCCCAUCAU